AUGUCCCCAGACAGGUCUACCAUACAGCAAAACUCGUUAUAUACCACCAGCGGUUGGAACAGCGAACUACAAAAGCAUCUGACGGGUGAUAUCGCUGCGGGUGUAGUAUCAGCUACAAUUAUUUCUCCAAUUGUAACCAUCAUUGACCGGACAAUUGUCGAACGGCUCGCUCUGAACCGACCAUUAUUACGAACACUGGGCGCCAACACAUUCUGCUCCAUCUUCCAACCUCGAAAGUUCUACAUUUCGAAGCCGUUCUUGAUUGUCUGGUCCCUAUACGCAGCAACCUAUUGUACCGCGAAUGUCACGGAUACCUGCAUCGACCAUCUCCCCCCACUCACUGACAAGAGAUCCACGGCGAAUCUUGCCGCAACGCUCAGCUUCUUACCCACGUACGCGGUGAAUGUUUAUCUGGGGAUCUUGAAGGAUGUCAAUUUCGCCCAGGUCUAUGGUCGUUCCAGUAAUGCGGUUGCGGUCGCCGCUCGAGUUCCGCGGGCCGCAUACAUGUCUUUUCUGUUUCGAGAUAGUGUCACCAUCUUCAGCUCCUUCAACCUGGCGCCCUGGAUGGCUUCUUCAGUCCCAGAUUGGGUAGCCACUGGUCCGCACACCAAAGCCAUGAUCUCUCAGCUGGUACUGCCCGCUGCUGUUCAGUUUGCAAACACCCCACUGCAUCUCCUCGGCUUGGACUGGAUCGCCCGACCCCAAACGCAAGGACUAGCGGAGAGGUGGAGGCGGGUCCGACGGGACUGGGCUUCUUCAUCGACGGUUAGAGCUGCAAGGGUUCUGCCGGCCUUUGGAGUGGGCUGCAUCAUGAACACAGAGCUACGAGACCUAUUUCAACACCAUUAGCAGAAUCAAUACCACUUUUAGCCGAAUACAGCGGGGUUACAUACACAGAACAGGGUGGACAGGUUUAAUUUCUUUCCCAUUGAUGAUCG